AUGUGCGGCCACAUCUAUUGUCUUGAUUGCGCGACGUUCCACUUCUCUCAGGCCGACCCCUUCUGCGCCGUGUGCCGCAAGCCGCAAACCCUGGAGAACAUGAUUCGCCUCUACACUGACACGGAUGACGGAUUUACGCGUGACGACGCAAGUGCAAUGGGCGAGGACGAUCAGCUCAGCCUGAGCCCCGUGUCGGUGAGGAGCAUCGAGCGGGCGGGGGAGGACGCCGCCGGCGCUGUGAAGAAGGCUAUUGCUGGGCGCGCAGACAUGGAUGAGGCUCUUGUAGCUUGCAACACAUUCGUCAACUCCGUUACGCCGCGCGAGCGCGCUCAUAUCAACGAGGAACUGCUGCGCGAUAUCGCGUUUCAACUUACGCUCGUCCAGCGGGUCCUGAAGGACAACGAAGUGCAGGUCACGCGCCUGAAGGAAGAAGUGCAGACCGCGAGGGCCGCGGAGACUAAGGCCCGCCUUCGCAUAGACCAGCAGCGACGUCUUCUCAAGCGGGCGGAGAAGGAGCAGGUAGAAGCGGUGAAGGGGCUGGCCGCACAGCAGGAGCGAUACGAUAUCCUCUACCAGCAGUGCAUUGUGGCCACAGAAGAUGCCACCCGAACACGGGUACGCGCAGCAAAGGCAGUGAACGAAUUCGAGGAGAUGGAACAGGAGAUGAAAGAAUGGCGCGAGCGCGCCGCGAAGGUCACGAAGAAGUACUACGCACUUAAGAGCGAACUGAAGCAGUUGAAGCAGGCAGCCCAAGGGCAGCCACAUCGCAGCCGCGCACGCUCGGAUGAUCUCGAGGUGGUCUGAGCGCGAAGGCUAUGGGUCUUCACUAUACCUCGCGCGUUGCCCGCGCCUGUUCAUACCAGCCUAGGUGGCAGUCGGACUUCUCUGGGACAUUGCAAGACAUUGUAUAUUAUUCGUUGUUAUUGUUGUCAUCCGCUGUUGCUAUCCUC